ACUUAUUCACAGACUUUGGACUUUUAUCCUAGCCUGAAUUAGUUAAAACAAUUUUUACAACCUGAGACUUGGCCCUGACCCGCUGAAACGGAAGUGGCAUAUUCAUCAGGUAGCUAGGGGCGGUGCUAUGACCUCACAAGAGGCUCCAAUGGCUUCCUGUGGAGGCAUGGUGACGAGUGCCUUCUUGUGGUGGGUGGCCAUUCUCUCUUUGAUCCACACCAAUGGGGUCAAAGGGGACUGCUGGCUCAUUGAGGGGGAGAAGGGCUUUGUGUGGCUGGCCAUUUGCAGCCAGAACCAGCCACCCUAUGAAUCCAUCCCCCAGCACAUCAACAGCACCAUCGUGGACCUACGCCUGAAUGAGAACAAGAUCAAGAGCAUCCACUACUCGGCACUCAGCCGCUUCGCCAACCUAACCUACCUGAAUCUAACCAAGAAUGAGAUCACUUACAUUGAGGAUGGGGCCUUUUCUGCUCAGUUCAACCUACAGGUACUUCAGCUGGGCUUCAACAGACUGCGGAACCUGACAGAGGGAAUCCUCAGGGGUUUGGGAAAGUUGCAGUACCUCUACCUCCAAGCUAACCUGAUCGAGACUGUGACACCCAAUGCCUUCUGGGAAUGCCCCAACAUUGAAAACAUAGACCUCUCCAUGAAUCGCAUACAGCAGCUGGACGGCUCAACGUUCAGCAGCUUGACUAAACUAACCACGUGUGAGCUAUACACUAACCCGUUCAAUUGCUCCUGUGAACUCUUGGGUUUUGUCAAGUGGCUCUCGGCUUUCCCCAACAGGACAAAUGAGCGUAUGGUCUGUGAUUCCCCGCCAGGUUUCUCGGGUUAUAACCUCCUCAGCCAGAACCCAAACAUGCCCACUUUCCGAAAUGCCCUGCACAUGUUGUCAACUGUUUGCACAGAUGACUAUGUGACUCCCUACAUCCCUGUACCUCCGGAUACGACUACGCUUCCGCCAGACUCUACCCCUUGUGGGCUGGAUGACUGUCCCUCAGGAACUGAGCCAGAUGAGGGCAUCAGCAUCAGUCCAACAUACAUUGAUCUCGAUGUGAAACCCAUCAUGAAGCUCAAGCAUGUCUCACACAAGAGUGCCACCAUCAUGGUCCAGAUCCCCCAUCCGUACAAGAAAAUGUAUAUACUUGUUCUUUACAACAACAGCUUCUUCACAGACAUCCAAAACCUCAAACUUAAGAAGGAGGACAUUGAGCUGAAAAACCUGAAGCCCCAUACAGACUACACAUACUGUGUGGCCUCAAUACGCAACUCUUUGCGGUUCAACCACACUUGUUUGACCAUCUCCACAGGCCCUAAAAAUGGGAAGGAGAGGGUGGUCAACAGCUCUACUGCCACCCACUACAUCAUGACCAUCCUGGGUUGCCUCUUCAGCAUGGUAAUAGUCUUAGGAGUAGUCUACUACUGUUUGCGUAAAAAGCGGCAACAAGAUGAAAAGCACAAAAAAUCAGACAGCCUAAAGAAAAAUAUCAUCGAGCUCAAAUAUGGGGUGGAGCUGGAAGGAGGGACUCUUCCUCGAAUGUCACAAAAGCAGAUGUUAGCUGGAGAAAACAUGUCAAGGAUGCCAUACUUACCUUCCAGUGAAAUUGAGCAGUACAAGCUGCAGGAAAUUAGUGAAACCCCUAAAAUGGCGAAGGGGAAUUAUAUUGAGGUGCGCACCGGGGAGCAAUCUGAUCGCCGGGAAUGUGACCUCUCCAUUGCUGGGAACAACCAAGGCUCAGUGGCCGAAAUCUCCACCAUCGCGAAAGAGGUGGACAAAGUAAAUCAGAUCAUUAACAACUGCAUAGAUGCCCUGAAAUCAGAAUCUACCUCCUUUCAAGGAGUGAAAUCUGGAGCUGUGUCCACUGCAGAGCCCCAGUUGGUGCUGAUCUCAGAGCAGCCUCCCAGCAAGCCAGGAUUCCUGUCCCCAGUUUACAAGGAGAGCUACCACCAUUCUUUGCAGAGACACCACAGCACAGAGGCCUCACCCAAGCGCCCCAGCACCUCAUGCAGUGGCUCUGUGCGAAGCCCCAGGCCCUUCCGCUCCGAGGGGUCUUACAAGUCCGAGGCCAAGUACAUUGAGAAGACUGCAGCGAGCGGCGACGCUAUCCUGACCGUCACGCCAGCAGUGGCCAUCCUGAGGGCAGAGGCGGAGAAAAUCCGGCAGUACAGCGACCACCGGCACGCCUACCCAGACUCGCAUCAGGUCGAGCAGCUGGAGGGACCCGGGAACCGCAAGCCUUCCAUUCUGGAGCCUCUGACCCGCCCCCGCCCCAGAGACAUGACCUACUCCCAGCUCUCUCCCGAGUACCAUGACCUUAGCUACGCCUCCAGCCCGGAGUUCUACUGCAAACCGACUCACACCUUCUGGGAGCGCUUCAAGAUCCACCGUAAACGGCACAAAGAGGGGGAGUAUGUGGCGGCGGGACACGCGCUGCGUAAAAAAGUGCAGUUUGCCAAGGAUGAGGACUUGCAUGACAUUUUAGACUAUUGGAAAGGUGUAUCGGCCCAGCAAAAAUCUUGAUUUCUCCCCAGACUUUUUGAAGUUAGA